GUGAGUUGUGAAGUGUGGCUGGGGCAAUCAACUGAACACUGCCUCAAGAGGCAGCUUGGCAGUCGCGCUUGCUGGCAAGCCGCAAGGCAACCGAUAUGAAGCGCGGACCACUGCAAUGUUGUCUGAAAAGAAGCAAGUACCUUCCGGUAGCUUUCUUUCACUUUAAACUCUUGCAGACAAUUGCCGUCAGAAUCAAGAUCAAGCCACAGCACCCUCAGCAAUCAGGAUGGCGGCGUCAUUGGCUAAGGCCACGGCUGUCACGAUGGCCGUGGCAGGGCUUGGAGCGAAUGAUGUUCAUCCGGGAGCUCCGUUUGAACAGGCGCUUGAGCAGUUCAAGAAGGGGCUACGACCAAAGCAUCGAUCAACAUUCCAAACAACCACGCUUCCCGAUCUUCUUGCAGCAAUUGACAAAAUUCAGAAGGAGCAGCACUCCAAUCGACGACUUCAAGCCGUUGGACGAUUGAAGCCCACCCUCGAAGCGCUUAAUCAAUUGGGCAAGGUCGUUGAGACGUUUACAAACACAUCCGAAUUUGUCGCUUUUGUCUGGAUUGGUAGCUCCUUUGUGGAAGCAUUCACUGAGCUCCUUAGUAUCUAUGAGAGUCUUGGAGAGGAGCUGCCGCUUGUCCAACAGUACGAAGCCAUUUUCUCGAAGGAUUCAGACAUGAAGAGGGUCCUGGCCUAUCUCUACAAGGACGUCCUGGAGUUUCAUCACCGGGCGUUGAAGUACUUCCAGCAGCCGAUGUUGAAGCAGCUAUUUCAGGCAACCUGGAAAACUUACAAGUCUCGGUUCGACGAUCUGAUCAACGGCAUCAAGAGGCACAGGGAACUAAUUGUUUAUCACGCCAAUUUGUUACGUAUCAAGGCAUCCUUAGACGACAGACGCAACAUAGAUCAGCAAUUCAGCCAGAUUGCCGGCGCUGUUAACCAGGCCAGCCUGUCUAUCAAGGCAUGUUUGGAUGAGCGAAAAGUCAGAGACCAACAGCUCAAGGAGAUGGCUGACGCCGAGAGCAACAGAAAGCUUCGCGAAUUGCAGGGGUGGCUGAGGGCCAGCAAUGUUGCCAAUGACCAACAUGAGUUCUGCAAGCUUCGAGGCGAAUACCCAGGUACAGGAUCAUGGUUACUGGAUAAUCCAAAGUUCAAAGAGUGGUUUGAAACACCCUGUCAGCUGAUGCCUCCAGUGUUGUGGCUCAAUGGUAUUCCAGGUGCAGGUCAGUGUCAGAAAAGGAGCCAUCAUUUGCCUUAUGCUGCUGACUUCUUCAAAGGCAAGACAAUUCUCGCUUCUUUAGUUGUCAAAAAGGCCCAGCAGCUCAACCCCCCUCCGGCCGUCUUGUACUUCUUUUGCAAACAUGGCGACAACGAACGAGACAAUUUUGUCUCCAUCGCACGUAGCUUCCUCUCUCAAAUUCUUCCGUAUAAUCGAGAUAUACUGCUUCCAUACUAUCACGAUAAAUAUCAGAGUAGCACGGAGGCAGUCCUGGACACCCGAAGCAUCAUCGAAGAUUUACUCAAGGUGUCCAUUCGAAAUUUCCCGCACGUGUACAUCAUCCUGGACGGGAUUGAUGAGUGCCCGAGGAAAGAACGCGACAUCAUCGCCUCCUGGUUUCGCGAACUUGUUGAGGACCUUCCACAGAGUAAUCCCACACAAAUUCGAUGUCUGUUUGUGAGCCAAGAAGAUGGGGUAGCACGAAAGGACUUUGCGGGUGUUUCUGUGAUCAAAAUUCGAAGCCAGGACAACCUGCGCGACAUUGAACAAUACAGCGCCAAGUGGGCAAUCGACAUCCAAAAGAAAUUUGAGCUUCCCGACACCAAGCGAGAAUCGAUCGCAAAGCUCAUUGUUGACGCUGCCGGAGGCAUGUUUCUACUUGCCAAGUUAAUUUCCACCAACCUUCUUCAUCAACUUGAUGUCGAGGAGUUGGAAUAUGAGCUUGAACCAGGACGAUUCCCGCGCGAGAUCAAUGCUGCUUACUCUCGAAUUAUCGUGAGAAUAUUCGACCAUGUGUCCGAGUCGGAACAGCACGGGAGUAGGAUGCUACUGAGCUGGCUGGUUUGCGCCAAACGGUCCAUGAAGUGGCAUGAGAUCCAGGGCGUGAAGUCCAUUGACUUGGAAACAAAGUCGGUAGAUUUCCGACGCUUGCGGUUUCGCGUUGACUCAAAAGAUCUUUGCGGAUCGCUCGUUGAAAUCCGGUCCGACGGGACGGUAGAACUUGUUCAUCUGACCGCUAAACUUGAAAAACAUGUCAACCCAGCGCGAGGAGAAUUGCAACUAGCUUCUCUGUGCGUCAAUUAUCUCAACCUUCCUAUCUUCAACGAUGAGCUUGAACCCAAAGAGAAGCAUUGUCUCAUCCUUAAUGGGUCCUACGCGUUCAUGGACUAUGCCAUUAUUUACUGGGUGCGGCAUCUUGAGGCUAGUUUGGCAUCUCUGGAAAAAGACGGUACCGAUGCGCGCGAUAUUUCCGAGACCCUAGAAGAUUUUAUUGAGCUUCACUACAUCAAUCCAGCCACUCACUUUCCCGUCUCACAAGGAAACGCUGCAAGACUUCGCUGCUUUGAGGAUCUGGAUUGUCAUGACCGACUGCAGCAGGCAGUCAUAUCGACACGAAAGCAGCUUACAUUCUACGGUGAGAUGAACAAAGCCGAGAUUGCCCUCGACCUUGUGGACAUUGUGGAGAGUAUUCGAGCUGCACUUGAAAGGCUGCUGCUAGGGAUCCAGAACGGGGAUGGGGUGGCAGCCAAGCUUGAAAAGCACUAUGGUUCUAACCUCUUCAAAUGUCCCAGGCUCAGCUGCAAAUUCUUCACGAACGGGUUUGCAACCGCUGAGCAACGGAACCAACACCUUGGAAAGCACCAGAGGCCUUUUCGAUGUGCCAUUGAGGGUUGUUUGAGUGGAACCACCGGUAUGGCGUCGGAGAAAGAGCUACAAAAGCACAUGAAGGAAUCUCAUGGCGGGUAUCAGUCUCACGACGAGUUUCCAGACAACGAUGAAGUAUAUCGGAGUCUCCAGCCACAGUUAUCCAUAACCAACUCCGGCAAUCAGACAGUUUUGGUAAUUCAAGAGCCUACCGUGGCGGAAACGACAACAACUGAAGCACCUGAAGCCCAAGACCCAGCAUCUGAUAAUGUCGCCCGCGAAGUGAUAGGACAUCAACGGCAGCAGAGUAAUAAAAGACAAAAGAUUGAGUACAUAUGCUGGUUUUGCUACAAAGUCUAUAACCGCAAAUUCAACCUCGACUCACAUCUUUUAACUCAUAGCGAGGACCGGCCUUGGAAGUGCGACCUCUGCACCAAAGCCUUUGCGCGGGAAAGCGACUUGAAGAGACAUCGGCAAGGCCAUGAUGAAGGGAGCCAUUUUCCGUGUCAAGGGUGUGGCAAGAAGUUUGCACGCCGGGAUACAUUGGCGAAUCACCACAAGUCAAAGUUGGGGAAAAGGUGCUUGUCAGCCUUGAAUUUGCAAAACCAUGCUGAAGAGUCAACUCCAUCGCCGUAGAACUCCCAGCACACAAACUGUACAAAAUGUACCGCGGCUACCUCAAUCAGAGGCCUGGCCGCGGGAUCGUACUCCUAGUUCGCCAUGUCAAUAUUAAGCUGAUCCCUUACCAAAUAACAUCGGCAUAACCCGAAUUCAUGAUAAGCAG